AUGGCACCAAAUGAGACGGGCAAGCGAGCCCGGGAUUACCUGCACAAGACUGGACGCUUCAUCGUCAUUGGUGGCAUUGUCUCGCCCGUGCACGACUCCUAUGGGAAGACGGGUCUGGUCUCAAGCCGGCACCGCCUGACCAUGUGUCAACUGGCCGUCCAGUCCUCUGACUGGAUAAGGGUGGACCCCUGGGAGUGCUACCAGGACACCUGGCAGACCACCUGCAGUGUGCUGGAGCACCACCGUGACCUGAUGAAGAGAGUGACUGGCUGCAUCCUCUCCAACGUCAACACCCCCUCCAUCACCCCCGUGAUUGGCCAGCCCCAGAAUGAGUCCUCACAAACCAUCUACCAGAACAACAACAAUGUCUCCAACAAGCCCACCGCAGCAAAGAUCCUGGGGAAGGUGGGAGAAAGCCUGAGCCGGAUUUGCUGCGUUCGCCCACCCAUGGAGCGCUUCACCUUUGUGGAUGAGAAUGCCAACUUGGGGACGGUGAUGAGAUACGAGGAGAUCGAGCUUCGCAUCUUACUGCUCUGUGGCAGUGACCUGCUGGGGUCCUUCUGCAUCCCUGGUCUCUGGAACGAGGCAGAUAUGGAGGUGAUCGUCGGGGAGUUCGGGAUCGUGGUGGUGCCCCGGGAUGGAGCAGACCCCGACCGGAUCAUGAACCACUCCUCCAUACUCCGCAAGUACAAAAACAACAUCCUGGUGGUGAAGGACGACUCAAACCACCCCAUGUCGGUUGUCAGCUCCACCAAAAGCAGACUGGCCCUGCAGCACGGGGAUGGACACGUCGUGGAUUACCUCUGCCAGCCCGUCAUCGACUACAUCCUCAAGAGCCAGCUCUACAUCAAUGCCUCCGGCUAA